AGUAAAAGGAGAUAAACAGAGGGAGCAAUGAGGGUCUUUUUUACUUAAAUAUUUGGUUUCUACUGUUGCGACUGGUGGGCAAAAAGUUAUUACUACAUGACAGACUCGGACAUAAUUUCCGCCUGGAAACAGAAACUAUUUUUAUUUGUGACGCUGCCAUUCACCAUUGAGGAAACGCUCGUCUCAGUGUGUUGGUGAAGUCUGCCAGACUCGUCAGACCAUGAACUACGUGGGCCAGCUGGCAGGUCAGGUGUUUGUCCAGGUCAAAGAAUUAUACCGAGGCCUCAAUCCAGCCACCCUCUCUGGCUGCAUCGAUGUCAUUGUUGUGAGGCGGCCUGAUGGCUCUUUGCAGUGUUCACCCUUCCACGUUCGCUUCGGCAAAAUGGGUGUUCUCCGGUCCCGAGAGAAAGUGGUGGACAUGGAAAUCAAUGGAGAACCAGUGGCUCUGCAUAUGAAGCUUGGGGACAAUGGAGAAGCAUUCUUUGUGCAAGAAACAGAAAAUGAUCAGGAAAUUGUUCCCGCCUAUUUGGCCACCUCUCCCAUCUUGUCAGAUGGAGCCGUAAUGAUGAGCUCCUCUGGGCCACCUAUACAGACCUUAGGCUCUCUGGGAAACAAAGGAGAGAAUAGCAGCAUGAUGAUGAAGAAAAGGAGAAAACGGAGGAGGAAGAGCCGGGCAGACAGUGCAAGGAGAGAGGAGAGUGGAGACUACUCGGCAGAUGAAGACAUGUUCUCCAUAGACAUGAGCUCUGAUGAAGGGACGGAAAUGGAGAGCAACAGAGCUUCAUCUCGGGAUGUCUUGAGAGACGAGUCUGGUGGUCCAAACAGCGGUUCUUUCAAACAAACUGGCAUCUACGCUCGUUCCGAUGGGGAGUGGAGCCCGGUCCAUAGCCCUGGUAGCUCACGCCCCACAUCUCCUAAGAGUGACUCUGAACUAAUCACCAGUCCAUUAGAUGCAGACAGUCAGGAUCCAGCCAUGCACUGGGCCUGGGGAGAGCUGCCACAAGCUGCCACGCCUUCCUUCCUCCCACUUAAGUCUGACCCACCACCCAUUUAUCCCGUGUCCAUCCCCGUAUCUGAAAGCACACACUUCCGUGUGAUUACUCAUAAGACUUCGGAGCGAUGUGGACCCUGCCCCGAAAUACCGGCGCUCCGACUGCUAACUCAGGUGGAGACAGCAGUCAAAGAGGAAACAGUCAUAACAGUUGGGACAGAGUCAGAAUCCAUGAGGCUGGAGGCUAAGAUAGAAACUUCAGACAUGCAGAUUAGCACAGUGGGAGGGAUGGCGACAAGAAUGAUGGCCGACAUGGAGGAGGCAGUGCCUCGUCCAGUUGGGAAGACAGACUCUCCAUCCAAGAGAAAAGAGAAAAGGAGUCGCCAUCUUGGCUCUGAUGGAGUUUACCUGGAUGACAUCACUGAGCUUGAGCCUGAAGUAGCAGCCCUCUAUUUCCCUAAGAGUGACAGUGGUUCAACCAUGAGAAGCAUCUCCGACCCAGGGCUCCACAGCACCAGUCUGUCCCCACAAUCCAUGAGCUCAGGAGGAGACAGUGGAGUGGACAGCUACUGUGAUCCCAUGUCUGACCUGCCGUCUAUCACUAUCUCUCUGUGUGGGGGACUCACUGACAACAAAGAGAUCACUAAAGAGCAGUUUUGUGAGAAGAUCAUCUCCUAUCAACAGUUCACAGAAAACCCCUCAAUCAUUGAUGACCCCAACUUAGUUGUGAAAAUUGGCUCAAAGUACUAUAACUGGAGCACUGCUGCUCCACUUGUGUUGGCUAUGCAAGCCUUUCAGAAACCUCUGCCAAAGGCUGCAGUGGAGAACAUUAUGAAGGACAAGAUGCCCAAGAAAGGAGGGAGGUGGUGGUUCUCCUGGAGAGGCCGAAAUAACAACGGCAAAUCGGAUUCAGCUGCAGAGCGUGGGGCCUGUGGCUCUGCAGAGCAGAUUGGGAAAAUGAAAAGCAGACAUAAAGAAGAGUCAUCAUCUAGUGAUGAAGACCACCUCACAGCCAAGCAAAGCUCCCCUAUCAUCCACUCAGAGCCUGGACCCUCGUUGGGAGGUGUGUCUUAUAAGAAAACACUCCGUCUCACAUCAGAGCAGCUGCUGUCGCUUCAGCUGCAGGAUGGUCCCAAUGAUGUUGUGUUUAGUGUAACCACUCAGUACCAGGGAACCUGUCGCUGUCAGGGAACCAUCUACCUCUGGAACUGGGAUGACAAGAUAAUCAUCUCUGACAUAGAUGGAACCAUUACCAGGUCAGACACGUUGGGUCACAUUCUGCCCACACUGGGGAAAGACUGGACUCACCAGGGUAUUGCACAGCUCUACCACAAAGUCAGCCAAAAUGGUUACAAGUUCCUGUAUUGCUCAGCUCGAGCAAUCGGCAUGGCUGACAUGACCAGAGGUUACCUCAACUGGGUCAAUGAGCGAGGUACCAUGCUUCCAAUGGGGCCUGUCCUUCUGAGCCCGAGCAGCCUCUUUUCAGCUCUACACAGGGAGGUGAUUGAGAAGAAGCCAGAGAAGUUCAAGGUGGAGUGUCUCACUGAUAUAAAAAACCUCUUCCACCCCAACACACAGCCUUUCUAUGCAGCGUUUGGCAACAGACCAACGGAUGUGUAUUCCUAUAAAGAAGUAGGAGUACCACUAAACAGGAUUUUUACAGUAAACCCAAAAGGGGAGCUGGUGCAGGAACACGCCAAGACCAACAUCUCAUCUUAUGUCCGUCUGGGUGAAGUGGUGGACCAUGUGUUUCCUCUCAAGAUGCGAUCCUCUUCAUCAGACUUCCCAUGCUCUGAUACCUACAGCCAUUUCACUUACUGGAGGGAGCAACUCCCCCAGGUGGACCAUCAGGGAACUACACCCCCACAGACUCCUGAUCCCAGCAGCUGACUGCUACCUGUGACUGCUCAGCUUCCCCUGGCAGGAAGAGCACUGACUAGCUGAUGGCAUGCGAUAUGAGAUAUAGCAGCAAUCUGGACAUAAUUAUGAUUACAUGUGUGAUUAAAUAAUAACGUAAAUUCUUAUAGACAAUUUAGCACUUUUCUCUACACAGCAGACUUAGUAGGAAAGUCUGCUGUGAAUAGUUUUAAGGCACAAGAUGAGUACAGGGGGCACUUUUAUCAAAGGACUAGAUGUGUGUAUAUAUAGGAGAAAUUAUAGUUAUUUAUUCAGGCAGCUUAGUGUGGAUCUUAGUUAGGAGGGAAGUUUACUUUUUCUUAUUUUAAUCCAGACAGUUGUUUUCUGUGUUGCUGCAUCUGUUCAUCAGAGCUCAUAACUCUACAGCACACACACCAGAUGGCAAGUUGUGCAAAACAAUCCAUGUAGAUUUAUUUUCUUACUCUAAAAUUUCUUAUUAAUCACACAAGCAACAUGCAGCUCUACACGUGCAACUGUACGAUUGUGUAUGUGUGUGUGUGUGUGUGUGUGUGUGUAAGAACUGCAGUGCUGUUUAUAAGAAAUCAGUCUCAAUCAGUAUUAGUGUUGUAGAUCAUUAAAAUGAUUCUGACAGCACAGUGGUAGUAAAAACAUGUAUGCACUUUUUUAGCUGGUUUAAAAUGAAUGUAACUGAACAGAAGAGCACAACACUUUUAAUGGCCAUAACUGUUUGCUUCCUCUAAAAACUAAGAUUAUCUGUGUGAUGAUUUGUUGAAUUACCUUUAUUUUUAUAUCUAAACCACAGUAUGCAUGUGCUGAAUGAGAACCAUGUGAUAGGCUUAAUGGAGCAACUUUUAUAUUAUAUAAUAAGUUACAGUUUGUGGAAUGACACAGUAUGUAGUCUAUGUAGACCACUGAUAUGGACUGCCCGAAUAGACAAUGACUGAUACAGUAUGAAAUUCAGCUUAUAAUUGUAGACUACAGUAUUGAUAGGAUUGUUUGACAGGUUUCUUUUUAUGUAGCAAAUGCUAGAAACAGGAUAUUCAUUUCUUACAAUAGCAGAGAGAAUAUGAGGUUAUAAACAGUGUAUAAGCAGGGAUCUCUGUUGCAGAGCUCCUGUCUUAUGUAUGAGAUGUG